CAGGUGCCCUGGAUUGUGGCAGGCACCGUCCGCGAAAACAUUCUGUUCGGGUCGGCGUGGGACGAGCAAUGGUACGGCAGGGUCGUACACGCCUGCUGCCUGGCGGAUGACCUGACGGGGUUUCCGGCGGGUGAUGCCACAGAGUUGGGGGAGCGGGGAAUCAACUUAUCAGGCGGUCAGAAGGCCCGUGUGGCUCUGGCUCGUGCCUGCUACUCUCGGCCAGCGGUGGCGCUGCUGGACGACCCGCUCAGUGCGGUAGACCCACGGGUCGGUCGGGACCUGUUUUCCCGCGCCAUUGGUCCGGGGGGGCUGCUGGACGAGUGCGGGGCCACCCGGCUGCUGGUGACUCAUCAGCGGCAGUGCCUGCCAAAGUGUGACCGGGUGCUGGUAUUGCGGGGCGGCCGACUGGUAGCGGAGGGCUCAUGGCGUCAGCUGGCGGCACUGAAGCUGACUGAGCUGACGGCGGGACAUGGGGGCCUUAUGGGACCCCCGGCGGCGGCGGCGGAUGUGGAGGGGGUGGCGGCGGCGGCGUCAGAGGACGGCCCCACGGUGGACGAAGUGGUGCUAGACGACGACGUGGAUGGCGAUAGGGCGCCUGCGGGAACGGAAGGAGAGGAGGAGAAGGUGACGACGGCUGGCGACGCCGCCGCUGCAGCCGCUGCGUCUUUGGCGGUGGCAUCCAGCGGGUCGGAAGAUCUGGUGCAGUCAGAGGACCGGGUUACAGGCACCGUGUCGUGGCGCGUGUACGGCAGCUACUGUCGUCAUUUGGGCCUUAUGGCCACCGGCUUCAUCUGUGCGGCCAUGUUUGCCGGGCAGGCCGUGUUUUUGGCGUCCGAGUGGUGGCUUGCACUUUGGUCCCGAGCGGAUGGGGAGGACCAAGGACACGUCAAGUGGCUAUGGGUGUACGGCAUGCUGACGGGGAUUGUGAUCGUGGUGGCGUUCGUACGGUCCGCCACGUUUUUCGAGGCGACCCUCUCUGCCGCGACGUCCAUCCACAACUCCAUGGCACGCCGAGUCCUCUUCGCGCCGCUAUCCUUUUUCCACACCAACCCCUCGGGCCGCAUCGUGAACAGGUUUAGUAAGGACCAGGGUCAUGUGGAUGACCUGCUUCCCUCCUGCACGUUCGAUGCCCUUCAGUCGGCAUUUCAGGUGGCGGGGGCCUUUGUAUUGGUGGCCGUGGCGGUGCCCGUCAUCCUGCCCGUAUUCCUGCCUCUGGCGCUGGCCUUCUACUGGGUACGGCAUCGGUACGUCACUGCCAGCCGGGACAUCAAGCGUUGGGAGGCGGUGUCCAGGUCGCCCAUAUUCGCUUCUUUCUCCGCGACACUCAAGGGACUUCCCACCAUUCGGGCGUAUGGGGCGGCGGACCGCUUCCACGACGAGUUCUUGAAGCUCAUGGCGCACAACAGCAACUGGUACUUCGCCUUUAUAUCCACCUCCAGGUGGAUUGGUGUACGGCUGGAUGCGGUGGCCGGUACGGCACUUCUGGCUGCAGCUCUGUUGGCGGUGGCCAUGCGGGACCGAAUAAAUACGGGGGUGAUGGCUUUGGCACUGACACACGUACUGCAGCUCACGGGGUUAAUGCAGUGGGUGGUACGGCAGGUACGAAGGGCAGGUGUGUACACUGUACGGCACUCGUACGAUACAAUGUGUGGCGGGUGUGCACAAGCAUAUAGGCCAUAUAUGCGGAUAUCCGGCUGUCUGCCCCCCGUCCUCCGCGACCUCAGCUUCUCCCUCCCCCCGGGCACCUCCUGCGGUGUGGUGGGUCGCACCGGCAGCGGCAAGAGCAGCCUCAUGCUGACGCUGUUUCGCCUCAUUGACGUCGUCGGCGGCCGCAUUCUGCUGGACGGCUGCGACACGGCGACUCUGGGGCUGGACGCGCUGCGGCGGCAGCUGGCCAUCAUACCGCAAGACCCGGUGUUGUUCAGCGGCACGUUGCGGCGCAACCUGGACCCUUGGCGGGCGUACGACGAUAAGGCCCUUUGGGAGGUGCUGGGCGCAGUCCAGCUUGCGGAGAGCGUGGCGGCGAUGCCGGGGGGGCUUGAUGCGGCCAUGGCGGAGUGUGGGGGCAAUUUGUCGGUUGGGCAGCGGCAGCUGUUCUGCUUGGCGCGGGCCCUGCUGCAGGACGCCAAGGUAUUGGCUCUGGACGAGGCGACGGCCAAUGUAGAUCGGGCUACUGAUCAACUCAUCCAGGUACGGUCUUGUUCGCACGGCCGGGUGCUGCUGGUGAUCGCCCACCGCGUCGACACCAUCCUGGACACCGACCACCUGUUGGUGCUGUCCGGGGGGCAGCUGGUGGAGAGCGGCGACCCGCGGAGGCUGGCGGAGGGAGACGGUGUGUUUGCAAAGAUGGUCGCGGCGGCGAAACUU